AUGGCGGCGCUCGGAAGGGUCUCCCGGCUGCUGCUCGGCGCCGCCGCCCCGCGCUCCCUGCUGGGGCGGAGCAUGUCGGCCGUGGCCCACGAGGGCGGCGGAGCCCGCCUGUGGAAGCUCUUGAGCUUUGUCGUGGCUCUGCCCGGGGUUGGCGUUUGCAUGCUGAACUGCUACUUGAAAGCACAGCAUGAGCACGAGAGACCCGAGUUUGUUCCUUACGCUCACCUCCGGAUCAGGACCAAGCCUUUCCCCUGGGGUGACGGGAACAAAACUCUAUUCCACAACCCCCAUGUUAAUGCUCUCCCAACCGGUUAUGAAGAUGAAAAGUAGGAUCCUGACCACAGCCAGAACUUUGGCUCUUCCCAUCUUGGACCAGAAUGUUGUGUGGGAACCAUCACUUAAGAAACUCCACAUUCCUUCUACGAUGAAGCUGAACAGCGUGGCCUCUGUCUGUACUCGUGUAGAGGUCCUAUAAAUAAAAACCUCUGAACUUGAA